AUGAAGGCACCUUCCAGGAUUGCCAAGUCUGUGGUCAUCACAAACCUUGUCAACAGCAUUAGAGAUAGCGCGACAGAACAAGGAGGUGGCGGCUUCGUUCGGUUUGACAGCUCAAGUGGACUUUGGUACGAAGUUGGUGAGAAGAUUGCCCGAGAUAAAGUGGGACAAGCCCUGAGGGAUGCAGCGCGUCUCCAAAGCGAGAAGCGUAAAUCGAUAACCAUUGACUCAUCAUCAUCAUCAUCAUCCUCGUCACAUCCUCAUCGGGAUGAUGGUCGAUUUCCUCUUGCAGAACCCAGCAUCACGCCUUCAACAACUCCAGACAAUACUGUAGCAAUGGUCAAACAAGAACGUAGUGGACAAUCAGUAUUGAAGUGGACCCAUAACGAAGAUUCCGAAAGGCUCUCACCUUCAUCAGCGCCAACGAUCGCUAAGAAUGAUAGUGGAGCUGACAACAACAGUAGUAGCUUUUGGUUCCGGCAGAACACAACGGCGAUGCCCAGAACACGAGGAACUACUCAACAUUCCAGCACCACCGACGAGGAGGUGAUGGCAGCUUUUGCUGAAUCGCUAGAAGGAGAUAUUUCGAGCCACAACCAACGCCAUCAACAGCAGGCAAGAACAGGAUCACCUAGCAUCAUGCUCUUCUCCUCUGAGCGCGUCCUGUCGCCUCUGCCAUCAUCAUCAAUACCAUCAUCAUCGUCAUUGGAAGGAAUCGAAGCUGCUGAUGCCUUGUUGGAAUGGUUCGAAAAUGACAUUUGA